GAAGAAGAAGAUCCCUUCAUUUCCACAAAAACCCUUUCUUCAUCGCCUUCGUCGCUCUUCUUUCUAACGUUCAACAAUGAAGGCCUCUAUUCUCAGAUCCGUUCGUUCCGCCGUUUCCAGAUCCUCAUCCUCUAACCGUCUGUUGACCCGUACCUUUGCCACUGAAUCCGUCCCGGAAAGGAAAGUCGCCGUUCUCGGUGCUGCCGGUGGGAUUGGGCAGCCAUUGGCGCUUCUGAUGAAGCUUAACCCACUUGUCUCUAAGCUUGCUCUCUACGAUAUUGCCGGUACCCCUGGUGUUGCUGCCGAUGUCGGUCAUGUUAACACUAGAUCCGAGGUUACUGGCUACGUGGGUGAGGAGCAACUCGGAAAAGCUUUGGAGGGAUCUGAUGUUGUCAUCAUUCCUGCUGGUGUUCCAAGAAAGCCGGGCAUGACCCGUGAUGAUCUCUUCAACAUUAAUGCUGGCAUUGUUAAAUCACUUUGCACCGCCAUUGCGAAGUACUGCCCCAACGCACUUGUUAACAUGAUCAGUAACCCCGUUAACUCAACUGUCCCAAUUGCUGCUGAGGUUUUCAAGAAAGCUAAUACGUAUGAUGAGAAGAAGUUGUUUGGUGUUACAACUCUUGAUGUUGUCAGAGCUAAGACCUUCUACGCUGGGAAAGCAAAUGUUCCAGUAGCCGAGGUUAAUGUUCCUGUUAUUGGUGGCCAUGCUGGCAUUACCAUCCUUCCCCUAUUUUCUCAGGCUACCCCCAAAGCUAAUUUGACAGAUGACACUAUUGUUGCUCUCACCAAGCGAACACAAGACGGAGGAACGGAAGUAGUGGAAGCAAAGGCAGGAAAGGGUUCUGCUACAUUAUCCAUGGCGUAUGCUGGAGCGCUUUUUGCCGAUGCUUGUCUUAAGGGAUUGAAUGGAGUUCCCGAUGUUGUGGAAUGUUCGUUUGUUCAAUCAACCGUCACUGAACUUCCAUUCUUUGCUUCAAAGGUGAAGCUUGGAAAGAAUGGAGUAGAGUCUGUUUUGGAUUUGGGUCCUCUCUCAGACUUUGAGAAAGAAGGUUUGGAAAAGCUCAAGCCCGAGCUCAAAGCUUCCAUCGAGAAAGGAAUCCAGUUUGCAAAUGCAAAUUAGAAGACGUUUGUAUUAUUUACAGUCGGGACAGGUAUAUCUGCUGCCCGCAUUACCAUAAAACUCAAUCCAUUUUUGCUUUUCCCAACCCAAUUGUAACUGAUGAUGCUGCUUACGCGCAAUCGGCUUUACUGUUUUUUGUUAGGGUAGAUCAUUUUCUCUCGUAUAAAUUUUAUCAAUAAUUCCCCAUGGCAUGUUUUUGAGGGAUUUGUGGUUGGUUAGCCUUGUAUCCGUGAUACUUCAUUAGAAUCUUCAAUUUUUAAUAUUGAGAAUCGUCCAACCAUUUGGAGUGGAA